AUGACCCCUUUUCUUCCAGCGAUCUUGGGUCUUGUGCUUUUCUCACUUGAUGUCCAUUCACGAGCAGUCUUUGCCCAUUUUAUGGUCUCCAAUACCCUCGGCUAUACGGUCGAUGAUUGGCAAAAUGAGAUGCUCCUGGCUUUGGAUGCGAAUAUCGACGCAUUUGCGAUGAAUAUCGCUGUAGGAGACGCUACCAACACACAAUCUUUGGAAAAUGCUUUCUCAGCUGCUGUGAACACUGGAUUCUCUCUUUUCUUUUCCUUUGACUAUGCAGGGAAUGGGGCAUGGGCCAAGGACGACGUCCUGGACAUGCUAGAGACUUACAUAUCGGCCAAAGCAUAUUGGAGAUAUAACUCAAAGCCCUUUGUCUCUACAUUUGAAGGUCCUGACAAUGCAGACGACUGGGUUGAUAUUAAGGAAAAGACUGUGUGCUUUUUCCUUCCUGACUGGUCCUCCGUGGGGGCUGAUGUCGCCGUGAGUCUUGGAGGCGGGGUGGCUGAUGGCUUAUUCAGUUGGGCAGCAUGGCCGUACGACCCAAGUAAUAUGAAUACCUAUGUUGACGCCUCUUACAUUGAUUUUCUGGAUGGUAAGCCAUACAUGAUGCCGGUCUCUCCCUGGUUCUUUACCAAUAUGCCUGGAUACAACAAGAACUGGCUGUGGCGGGGUGAUGAUAUCUGGUAUGACCGCUGGAUCCAGGCCAUGUAUCUUGCCCCUGAGUUCGUUGAAAUCAUCUCCUGGAACGACUUCGGUGAAUCCCACUACAUUGGCCCUACUCCGGACGCUGAUUCCUCGCUUGCUGAAUCGACUUAUACAGCUUUCGGGACAGGUCAGGCCCCGUACAACUAUGCCUUGAACAUGCCACACGACGGUUGGCGAGCUUUUCUUCCCUGGCUCGCUGAUACUUACAAGAACAACAUCUCGACAAUCACGCAGGAAGGUGUUCAGGCAUGGUACCGACUGAAUGUCCGGGGAAGCUGCACGUCGGAUGGCGGGACAACCGGUAACACUGCGAGCCAACUGCAACUGGAAUACUGGCCAUACGAGAUCCCUCAAGACCGGAUAUUCUUCUCUGCUUUAUUAGCCUCUUCAGCAGAUAUUUCAGUGACAGUCGGGGGUACAGACCUAGGCGCAUCUUGGAAUAGUACCCCCAGUGGAGGGGCGGGCGUCUACCAUGGUAGCGUGGAAUUUUCGGUGCAGGCAGGGAGUGUCGAGGUGGCUAUCACUCGAGACGGCGCAACAAUUGCAAGCUUCACUGGCGAGGAAUUCGCCAUGUCGGCCACCACGAUCUCAGCCACCCCGACCUACUCCCUCGCAGACGAGGUAUGCAUCCGCGGCUGGGGGGUAGGCAACUUCAAUGGCCUUUGCUCCUUUGCUUGUGCGCUAGGAUACUGCCCUGUCGGGGCCUGUCUGUGCCAGGAAAUGGGCCCUCAGGCAAAGUUGCCUAAAAGCCUGGGAGUGAUCGGCUACCCUGCCGCUGGAAUGACAUCCGACUACUCGGGUCUCUGUGCCUUCUCUUGCAAUUACGGCUACUGCCCUUCGUCCGCUUGCACCACUACAGAAGUGGCUCUUGCUACUUCUACUGUGUCACCAUUCACCCCUGACACUUGUACUUCUGGAGAAGGAACCGGUGACCUGACAGGUCUGUGCAGCUAUAGCUGCGCCUACGGUUUCUGUCCCAUCCAUAACUGCACUUGUACUGCAACCGGUCCCUUAGACGUGCCGCCUACUGCAAACACUAGCAUAUAUGGCUACACCAUGGAUACCUAUACUGACAGUGGUCUAUGUGACUUUGCCUGCGAGCGAGGCUAUUGUCCAUCGCCCGUCUGUUCGGACGACGUUGCUGGUAACAGUACAGACCUAGUGUGCACAGAUGAUGAUCCUGAUUCGGAUUGUGCCGAUGACGUCGAAACCUGCGACUACACCCUUACUUUCGACAGCUUUUCGAGUUUGAAGUCUUCUUUAAGCUCCAUAGAAGACUAUUGUGUGAACUAUUAUGCUCUUGGUAUCCUUUCCGACAUGCUCGCCGACACGAUGACCAAUUACACGAACAUCCUCUCAAGCUAUGGUGGCAAAUUUACUGAGUACCAGGAGUACAUCCGCGAGGAAGUUCCUGGCGUAUUGGAGGAUUACAUGAACCCUGGGGGUGCUGGAAAUGCCUUCUUCACGUGUACCUUUGCCCAGGAUGGCGUGAACGCUUCCACAACCACAUGUCCGUUUGACGUGGAGCAGCUUUACAACGACUAUGAAAUAUACUACAACCUUAUCAACGCUACUGCCUUUUGGGCCAACCUCACAGCCACUACCGGAGUCCAAAAGAACUGGGUGCAAUUCGGAGACAAAGAUGUCGGCUCCAGUUGCGGCGUAGGAUCUGGCAAGACAUGCCAGCCUGACAAGGGUGUGCUGAAGGGUUACCCUCUACCGGCUGAUAACAUCACCGUGACGAACCCACAGACGAUCGUCGAGGAUGCGCUUCCAGGAAUCUAUAAUUUGACCGAGACGAUCUAUCUGACCCAGAUACUGUCGGCCACAGGUGCAUAUGGAGGUAGCAUGAACGAUGUGCUUCUCACCAUUUCAACCGUCGUCUUCACGCUGGCUCAAGCGGUAGCAAACAUGGGCGAGGUGGUUGAAGUUGCCGAUAAGGCCUCGGAAGAGAAAAAGAAGGCAAUGAUUGAGGAAAUCAUCUUUGGCGUGUUAAUGAUCGUCCCUUUCCUUGGCGAAAUCAGGCUGAUUUCGGACGGUUUGGAGCAAUUGGCCGAUAUGAUGUCGCUCAUCGGAGAUGCAGGCGCAUUGGGCAGUACAAUCUACGGCGUAGCCACCGAUCCAGAUUCGGCAAUACUGGAUAUAUUCACAAUUGCCCUGAUGGGCGGUUACCGGACACCGGAAGAGUUUGAGGAAGCUGCCAAUGCCCGUCGCGCGCUGACUGAUGAUGAAAUUAGUAGCCUGGGGUCGGACUGGAAAUCGUGGAGCGAUGACCUCUCCAAUGUGAGGUCGGUGUGUUACUGA